AUGCCGGCAGCGAAGCGCGGAAAGCAGAGCACGCCGCGCCGUAAGGCCAGCGCGGAGCAGGCUGUUGUACACGAAAAGGCGGAGAAUGUCUUUUUGUUUGUGCCGAACCUGAUCGGCUAUGCGCGAGUGAUCCUCGCUUCGAUUUCGCUCUACUUUAUGCGUGACAACCCUCGUGUGUGCACUGUGCUCUACGGUGUCUCGUGCCUUUUGGACGUGUUUGACGGGAUGCUUGCGCGCCGCCUGGACCAGAGCACCAAGUUUGGAGCUGUGCUGGAUAUGGUCACGGACCGGUGUACGACGUCGUGUCUGCUGUGCUUCCUGGGCGCCGCGUACCCCCGCUGUGCGCUGCUGUUCAUGUUCCUGGUGACGCUUGACUUUAGCAGCCACUACAUCCACAUGUACAGCACGCUCGUGACGGGCAACAAGUCGCACAAGGUCAUUGACUCGAGCCGCUCGCGUAUUCUUUCGAUGUACUAUACCGACACGCGUGUGCUUUUCCUUUUCUGUGCCGGCAACGAGCUCUUUUUCGUGUGCCUGUACCUGAUGGCGUUUUACAAGCAGCCGUUGGACCUCGACGUGCUCGCCAUCAUGCCCAAGUCCCUCGUGGCUGCGAUUGCGACGGAAAAGAGCGGAUGGGUGUACUAUGUUCUGCACUCUUACGUCCCCUCGUUGACCUGGCCUCAGAUCCUUGGCGCGGUGACGUUCCCUGUGUGCGCGGGCAAGCAGAUCAUCAACUGCGUCCAGUUCUGGAAAGCGGCCAAGACGCUCGCCGACAUCGACGUGCAAGAGCGCCGCGCCCGCCGCAGCAAGAAGUAA